AUGGCGGAUGUUUCUGUUGACAGUUUAAUCCUGAAGCUGCACGAUGUGAACGCAGUAAAGUUCGGAGAGUACAAGCUAAAGAGCGGCUUGCUGACACCGAUUUAUAUCGACCUGAGGGUUCUGGUUUCCCACCCUGCUCUGAUGAACCAGGUUUCGAGCGUCAUCUACCAACGAGCGCAGGAAGAGAACCUUCAGUUUAACUCGGUGUGUGGGGUUCCGUACACGGCCCUGCCUCUGGCCACAAUUAUCUGCUCAAAACACGAACUGCCCAUGCUCAUCAGGCGGAAAGAGGCCAAGGACUAUGGAACUAAGAAGAUGGUGGAGGGGUCAUGGUGUGAGGGGGAUACGUGUUUAAUCAUUGAGGACACAGUGACCAGCGGCAGCAGCAUCCUGGAGACAGCAGAAGUUCUCCAUAAAGAGGGGCUGAAGGUGACAGAUGCCAUUGUGCUGAUGGACAGAGAGCAAGGCGGCAUGGAGAUGUUAGCAUCUCUGGGAAUUCGCCUCCUGCCCAUCAUCUCCAUGUUUAAGCUGCUUGAUGUGCUGCUUGCAGCUGAACGCAUCGACGCCCCAACAGCCCAGAGUGUCCGCAAGUUCAUCCUGGACAACAACACCUUCAGGCAUAAGAAGACAAAUGGCAGUGAUGCUCCAGCUCCCAAGAAGCCAUGUGUGGAACCAAAGCAAAUUUUGAGCUAUGCAGACAGAGCAGAGCUGCCAAAAAUUCACCCCCUGGCAUCUAAAUUGCUCAAGAUUAUGGAGGAGAAGGAGUCCAACCUUUGUGUUUCCGCUGACGUGACGAGCAACAAGGAGCUGCUCCAGCUGGCCGAGUCUCUCGGUCCAAAGAUCUGCAUGUUGAAGACUCACUGUGACAUCCUGAAGGAUUUCACAGAAGAAUUCAGCCAGAAACUCCAAGCUGUUGCUGAACAACACAACUUUCUCAUCUUUGAAGACCGCAAGUUUGCUGACAUUGGAAAUACAGUCAAGCAUCAGUAUGAGGGCGGUGUGUUCCGGAUCUCUUCUUGGUCCCACAUCGUCAACGCCCACGCUGUGCCGGGGCCCGGGGUCGUGAAGGGCUUGAGUGCUGUGGGGAAGCCUCUGGGCCGAGGCUGUUUGCUCAUUGCACAGAUGAGCUCCCAAGGCUCUCUGGCUACUGGUGAAUACACACAAGCUGUGGUUAAGAUGGCAGAGGAAAACUCAGAUUUUGUAAUUGGGUUCAUUUGUGGCUCUAAGAUGACUGAAAAACCAGAAUUUCUCCACAUGACUCCUGGUGUGCAGAUAAAGGCUGGAGGGGAUUUGAUGGGCCAACAGUACACAACCCCAGAGGACGUGAUCUACAACAAAGGCUCAGACGUCAUCAUUGUGGGACGAGGCAUUUUGGAGGCGUCUGAUUGGCUCGAGGCUGCCGAGUCGUAUAGAAAGUCGGGCUGGGAUGCCUACAAGAGGAGAACGGGUCAGAGUGACCAGUAAGAUCUCAGGAGUUUCAUCAUUGUGAUGAACUACAACUGUCUGUGUAGGUGGGCAGCAAACAUUCAAGGGACAAUCAACCAACAGGUAUUGCUAACACAUGGGUACAUCUCAUUUUUUGUAUGAAACAUGCCUAUCUAAAGAAAGCGUGUUUUUUUUAAUCAGAGUGAUUUUAUGCAAGUGGUGUGAAAUAUGUAUCACCCUUCAAUUUUCAGUUUUGUGAAAGAUCCUGAAGGCUUUGCUGCUAAAGCAGGAAUGCAAAAUUGUAGAGAUCACAGAUCAAGCUUUUCCUGGCCAAUAUCGAUUUUCAGUAUUAAUGUGCUGUAACCUCUACAGCACAUUGCUUGAUAAAUGUAGUCAUUUUAAAUCCAUCUAAAUUGAAAAAAUGAUGAGUUUAUUGUGUGCAUCAAGCUAAACAUCUCUCAAUAGAGUGCAUUGCUGUGCAUUCUGCCAGUUGUGUUUAUAUUCUGAAAGUGGUGGAAGUUUUUAGCUUUGAUGCAUUCAAUCACUAGGAAAAUUUUUUAUUUUAUUUUAUUUUUUCGUAUUUGAUCAGCUGAUCAAAAUACCUCUUUUUCUCUCACCUGCCUUUGAUAUGAUUUCUUGUUGCUCCAACAAGAUUUACCCUGAUUUACUACAAAUAUUCACUGGUGACUAUGAUUAUACGUUGAUUUGGUAUCAUGGCAUCUUAAAACACAGAAUCUUUGUCAUCUUUGUAUUUUUUGUAAUUCAAAAACUAUAAACUAAUACUUUAUGUGUUUCAAACUCAUAAAGUAUUAGAUGAAAUUGGAACUUGGCCACCUAUGUGUUUGAUCAAAAAUCUUUUGUUUUCAUGGUUACUAUCAGAAAUAUCUAAGAACACUCCUAGAAAUGUGAACAACUUUUAUAGUGUGUGCUCUGCUUAAUAAUUGUAUUUUCAAUCUAACAGUGUUUUAGGACAGCUUUACGACAUCGAAUUGCUAUUGAUUGAAGAGCCGAAGUGAACAGAACCUGAUGUAUUGCUGUAUUGAGGACCAAUGUUUGCCAUCCAUUCUUCAUAAUAUAACGUAAAAUUAGGCAGCCCAUGAGUUGCGACCUGAUUUGAUGGGUAUUUGAACUACGACACAUUAAAUCAUUGAAACUGCUUGUAAAAUGAGACAGAAAUUGAGUUUUGUAUUGUAGCUGCUUCUGUACAGGGCCAGUGUUUUCCUACGGGCUUUGCUUGAUAAAUUGUAAUUUUUACAGUACUGGUGUUAGAUCUUUGUAUUUCAAGAUUUUGAUACAUACAGGAAAUGUAUGCAAUUUGCUUUAAGUGCUUUCCAAAGCUACGAAACUAUUAAAAACAAACUGUAUUACAAAAUAAAUAAAUGUUGAUUUCCACAAAUAACCAGAGUGGCUUUUGACAUUCUGUUCUUUUUUAUUAUUAUUUUGUAACCUAGAGAGACAAAUUUCUUUAGAUCGGCAAAAUCUAGAGAAAAUUGAGUUGGAAUACAAAUAUAUGAAAAGUUUAAAAACUUUCUAAACUGUAGAUUUUAGUUCUACAUACUUUUUAAAUGAGUGAUUUAAUGCAGAUUAUAAGUAAAUUCAGUUUUUCAUAGCAUCUUAACAUCUUUUGCAUUUCACAUUUGUAUAUAAUAAGCCUUGUGGAAACAUUAUGCAUUUUAGAGUACCGUACUAAAUCAUGUUCAGAUAUUGAUGUUUAAUCUACUUUUUUUACCUCUGCAAUCAAAAAUGGAUUAAUUGCAAUUAACUACUAACAUUUUUUUUACUCUUUAGCUAAUCUAAUGUGAACAUAAAUGCAUUUUGUAGAAUAAGCAAUAAGUAACCCACUUUGGCUGAAAUUACCUAAUUGAGAUGCUUCUAGGCAUCUAAAAGCUUCUGGCAUUUUUAUAAGGAAAGUUUGCUCCACUCCUCACUUUAAGGUGUGAGACGUUUGUAUUUUUUUUUUUUGAAAUGCAGCCUGUUACAAGUUACCACCCAGCAUCUCUAAAGGAAAUGCUGCUCUAAAGGAUUGAGGAAAUAUAUUUUUUUCUUUUAGAAGGGAGACGGGAAAUUGGAAGAUUAUUUAUGUUAGGAAUUACUGAAUUUAAAAGGGGUAUGAUUAUAUAAGUUAAAUUUCAUCAUACUCCUUUUCAGACUCACAGUCACCACACAAAUGAUAUAUUUACAUGUAUAUUUGGUUACAAGGUAUUUUAUUUACACUUAGAAUUAUAAAAGUCUUUGUAUGUUUUGUUGGUGAAAUGUCUGAAAUAAAAAAUUAUCAUAACAAGUA